UCACGGACAAGCACCUACAAUCAAACGCACACCUCACCUACACACACCGACCCUUACGCAUUCUAUUUGUCUCGCCUGUCUCUUCCCCAUGCUCACUCUUCAGCACUUUAUGUCUGCAGCUUCAAUCUUUCGAAGUUGUUCCCAUGUGGGGUUAUCUGGUCCUAUAAUUUGCGUUCGCUGCUCCUGCCUUAAGGUGACGUCGAACAUGGCAAAAUGUGAAAUGUCCCUUCUUCAGAUCCACAGCCUGGGCACAAGCAAACCCGUACAAGCCAGUUAUAGAGUAAACCAUAUACCCCACAUUGGUGGCUCAUCGGCUUGUCGAACUUGACCCUCUGAGUUCGGGCGAGACGUGAAACACCCAGACACAUGGGCAAUCUUGUGUGAACAUGUGUGAACAUGCAUGAACAUGUGAACACAGAGAGUGAACAUGGUGGGGAAGUACAAUUUAACAUGUGAAUCUGUGAAUAUGUGUGAAUGAAAAGAUGGUGGACACAGGUGUGCUAGUUCUUUGAGGGCCUUCGCCAUGACAGUGCCUUAUUGUCAUAUUGUAGUGAUUGUGUGAAGGUGCCAUCGGUCAUGAAAGGAGCUUCACUCUUUGGCAACUCUUUGAAACAAAUUCAACACGCCAAAUCUGCUGCCAAAAGUUUGCCUGGUUGCAUAGCACAUCGUACCAUAAUGUCACAGUGGCACUAAUGGUGGCACAAAGUUGCAAAACAAAGUCUUGGCGUGGCCGGAAACGACAUGGAAGACGUAUUUGCGCGAUGGUUUGCCAAUGAUGUACGACAUGGCACAUGAACUUGUCGGAAUUCUUCGACAUGCUGAGACAAAUUGAGCAUGUGUCGCUCGUCCACAUCUCACAUCUCACUCAUUCUUUCUCGUUCGGCUUCGAGAACGGCGACGGGGACGGCGACGGUGAGCGCAACAGCCAUGGCCCGCAAGAACGGCCCAGGCCUUGGCCCAAGGCUCGCACCGCUUGCAUUCCUUGCAUGCGCUUUGAAGCUGUCCUUCGUUGGAAUCCAUCAAAGCCGCAAUACCUUGGUACCUCGAAGAGGAGAAGGCUUUGAAGGCGCCCCAUCGCCGAAAGUAAAAUCUACAAUUUCUCGGGAGCAGCUGGAACGCGAUCAUGGGGACAGCUGGGAGAUGGUGGACCAGAUCCUGAAAGGUGAGCGAGCUUCAAGCCCGGAGGCCAUCAUGCGCGCUCGCUUUACGGCGCUCCGCUUCAAGGACCCCCAGUUUUUGGCCGCCACGGAGAAGGAGGAAGGCACAUCAAUCAAGAAAAGGGCAGCCGGUUGGGCGAAGACGUUAGGUUUGGAAGAAAAGACAUUGGCUGACGCUUUCACUGGACUCUUCGGAUCUGACAUUGAGGCUUUGCAAGAUCCGCUCUCCUUUGAAGUCGUGACAGCAGAUGAGGACUCCGUGGAGUUCAAGAUCCGGUGUCGCAAUGGGAAGACGCUUCACGAAAAGAGCAAAUUCCAACAGGACCGCAAGUGGGGCUACGUCUACUCGGGAAACUCGGUGCCCUGCAGUCAGAGCGAGUCUUCGAUUCUCGUGAUUUCAUGUCUGAAUUCAUGUGUUCUUUUUCGCAGGAUAACACACUCACCAAUUCCUGACCUGCAACUCCACAAAUGUUUGGACUGUCGCUCGCAUGUAACAAUAUCAUGUCCUUUCUCAUGUUGAGGACUUUGCCGAAUGGAGCUGAGAGGGCACCAAAUUGCACUCGGCCGGGCACGCGGGGGACCGUCGAGUCAGUCGAGGCUUGGAUUUUCGUCGAUUUUCUGCAAGUACGAUGCAA